AUGCCACAACUCGACAUACUGAAAGAAACUGCAAAAUCGGACCUGUGUGAUGUGUUGGAUUCGGUCCCGGGUGAUAAAGUACUCAUUUUGGAUGAUCAAAUUAUUGGCCCAUUGGGUAUCGUUGCUCCAUCCAAUCUCUUAAAAGAGCACGGAGUUAAAAAGGUACACAAACUGGCGGACCAAGCUUUUGACACGCCUUUCAAGAAUGUCAUGUAUAUUGUUCGUCCAAGAAUGCAUCUCAUGAAAUGGAUUGCAAAUCAAAUUAAAUAUUGGAUCACACAAAGACAAAGUCGGGAACGAGAGAUGAUGCAAAAAUUACCAACAAAAUCCGACAAAAAGUCCAAAGAUAAGAACCCCAUUGUUGAAAAGGAGCAAGAAGUGAUUGAGCCUCCAACUAAUUUUUCCAUCUAUCUUGUUCCACGAACAACAUUAAUUUGUGAAAAAAUUUUGAAAGAUUGUGGAGUUUUCGGUGAUGUGAAGAUUGGAGAAUAUGCUUUGGAUUUGAUUGUAUUCGACCCACAUAUUCUUUCAAUGGAAAUUUCAACCUCAUUCAAAGAAUGUGAAUUGGAUGGAGAUUUUUCAUCCUUGUACUAUGUUGCACGCUCGAUCAUGAAACUACAAUCCUACUAUGGACUAAUACCCAAUGUGAAAUAUAUAGGAUCCAGUGCAAAUCAUGUAUUUGAUAUGAUCAUGAGGAUGAAAAAACAAGUAGGCUCUCAAGUUUUCAGUGUUGUACCAGAAAUUAAUACUCUAAUUUUAAUAGACAGAGGCAUUGAUCUCAUUACUCCCAUGUUGACACAAUUGACCUAUGAAGGAUUAAUUGAUGAAAUUCUUGGAGGCAUUUCAAAUUCACUCUUUUCAACAGACUGCUCACCAGAAAGUAGAGGCACAAGCAAGAAAGUCUUACUCAACUCAUAUGACACUGUUUUUGAUCGAGUGAGACAUUUGAAUCAACAACAUGUUGCAGCUCGAUUACAGGAAAAGGCUCAUGAAAUUGAUGAAAAGAUGAAGGAGCGAGAUGAACUGAAACAAUCCAUUGAGAAAAUUAAGGCCUUUACUAAAUUGCUACCUCAACUCCAGGAAGAUAAGAGAAAUUUAGAAAUGCACAUUAACAUUAUGCAACAAAUCAGAACCAUCAUUGGUAAGAUGCCAUUCAGAAAAUUAAUUCAAACACAAAAUGCCAUUCUCACUGGAGAUGACGACAAGGCUACCAUGGAGUAUAUCGAUGAGAGUAUUGAUAGACAAAAUACUUUUAUACAAGUACUACGUGUCUUGUGUUUGUACUCUCUUGUGAACGGAGGAAUUAAGGCAAAAGUUUUCGAAAAAUUGAGAAGAGAAAUAGUACAGAGCUAUGGUCUUCAAGCCCUUCUCACGCUGAAUAAUUUGGAGAAAGUUGGACUUCUCAAAAGACAAGAUGCUAAAACCAGUAAUUGGAGUUAUUUGAAAAAGAAUUUGCUACUCUAUGAUGAUAAUGUCAUGGAACGCACCGAUGAGGACGCUAGUUACGAUCCACACGUCGUUUACAAUGGCUAUUGUCCCAUUACUGUUUCAUUGGUAGAACAAGCGAUGAAUGAAGACAAGGGAUGGAGAAAAAUUGAGCCAGUUCUUAACAACAUUUCGCCAAAACAUGGUGAGGAAACACAAAAGGGAUCACAAGACUCACAACUUGGAAAGAAAGUUGUCUUGGUAUACUUUAUUGGAGGUGUGACAUUUGCAGAAAUUAGUGCCAUUACCUAUCUCAACGAACGAAGUAAUGACUGUGAAUACAUUGUGGCUACCACCAAGCUGAUCAAUGGCAGUACCUUCUUGGAGACUUUAAUUGAAGAUGUUGGAGAAGGAAACUUUUCAUUUAAGAGAAAAGCCACAAACGGUGUUGGUCUAGUGAGUGAGCCUUCAAAAGAAGAAUCCACCAAACCACAAUCUUCAUCGUCAUCCGAGGGUAAUAAUAAACAAUAG